CUUCCCAACAACGUCUUAAUAAAAGCUCUCAAACCCCUCCAAUAACCAAAACUAAACCCAAUAUCAUUUUCUUUGUUUUUUUUUGCUCCUUUUAAACAACAACAAAUUUCUGUUUAUUAAUUAAUAUCCAUAUAUCUUUUCUUCUCUACCUGGCGAACCCAGUACCAAUUAACACAAUGACUACAUUUACUUCGAACGGCUCUCACCCACCUAAUAAAGAACUCCCACUGAAACUCAUCCCCGGUAGCUAUGGCUUCUCCUUCUUUGGCCCUUUGAAAGACCGUUUGGACUACUUCUAUUUCCAAGGUCAGGAUGACUUCUUCCACAACAGAAUGCGGAAGUUCCACUCCACCAUCUUCCGAACCAACAUGCCUCCUGGUCCGUUCAUCUCUUCCGACUCUAAGGUCGUCGUCCUCCUUGAUGCCGUCAGCUUCCCCAUCCUCUUCGACAACUCGAAGGUCGAGAAACGCAACGUCCUCGACGGCACUUACAUGCCUUCCACCGCCUUAACCGGCGGCUACAGAGUUUGCGCUUUUCUUGACCCUUCCGAGCCCAACCACGGUGCUCUUAAAAGCUUCUUUCUCUCUUUCUUGGCUUCCAAGAAACAAAUAUUCAUCCCUCUCUUCCGGAACUGCUUAUCGGAGCUUUUCACCAACCUGGAGGAUCAAUUAUCCCGUAAGAAAGAAGCCCAAUUCAACAGCUUAAGCGACAAUAUGUCGCUCCGGUUCAUGUUCGAGCUUCUCUGCGACGAAAAGCCGCCGUCGGAUACGAAACUGAGUUCCGACGGAGCAGCCCUUUUCGACAAAUGGUUGUUCAUCCAACUCGCUCCGUUGACAACCCUAGGAUUACCAAAGUUCUUCAGCUUGUUCGAAGAUCUUUUGCUUCACACUGUUCCAUUACCGUCUUUUUUAGUCAAACCGGCUUAUAACAAGCUCUACAAGGCCUUCUACACGUCGGCGGCUUCGCUUUUAGACGAAGCCGAACGUUGGGGGAUCAACAGAGAAGAAGCUUGCCAUAACUUGGUAUUUAUUGCAGGUUUCAAUGCUUAUGGAGGAAUGAAGGUUUUGUUUCCCACGUUGAUCAAGUGGGUUGGAUUAGCAGGAGAGGUUUUACACCGCCAGCUGGCUGAUGAAAUCAGGACCGUUGUCAAAGAAGAAGGUGGGGUCACUCUCGCUUCUUUGGAAAAGAUGAGUUUGACCAAGUCAGUGGUUUAUGAGGCACUGAGAAUUGAACCUCCUGUCCCCUUCCAGUACGGCAAGGCUAAGGAUGAUCUGGUGGUGCAAAAUCAUGAUGCUAAAUUUGUGAUCAAGAAGGGGGAGAUGAUCUUUGGAUAUCAGCCGUUCGCUACUAAAGAUCCAAUGGUGUUUGAGAAGCCUGAGGAGUUUGUGGGCCAUAGGUUUGUGGGGAAAGGACAGAGGCUGUUGAAGUACGUUUACUGGUCAAAUGGCCGUGAAACGGAAAGUCCUUCUUGGGACGAUAAGCAGUGUCCAGGAAAGGAUCUGGUGGUGCUUGUAUCUAGGUUAAUGUUGGUGGAGCUUUUCCUGCGUUAUGACACGUUCACUGUUGAGGUUGGGAAAUUACCGUUUGGAUCCUCUGUGACCAUCAAAUCGUUGACCAAAGCCACCACCACCGUCUGAUGAUGAUUUAAGAUUGUAAGAAUAGAACCAAUCUUAAUCUUGAAUAUAUAUGUAUAUAUAUAUAUAUGGUUGUGCUAGUAAUGGUCGUUCUCGAAUCUUUUUUUUUUUUAAUAUUAUUUUAGUUUCACCUUUUUUUGUUUUUCUUUUUUUUUUUUUGGGUAAACAUUAUAUUAGUUUUAGCGAUAAAUUAAAAAAAAAAAUUGUAUUAAUAUAUUACCUACUUUUUAAGGUGAUAUUAUUGUGUUUUCACUAAA